GCGAGAGGAUGAAGCUCAGGUGCCUCCUGCUGCGGUAUUACCCGCCAGGAAUUAUGUUGGAAUAUGAAAAAAAUGGAGAAUUAAAGAUGAAAUCCAUAGAUUUGCUUGAUCUAGAUUCAAGCACUGAUGUCAGUGCUCUUGUGAAAGACAUCCAGAGCAUAGAGCCCCUGAUCACGGCCUCCAAGACAGAGCAGGUCACACUUGUAAUACGGAGACUGCAGGAGAAGCUUGGACAGGACAGCAACCACAGCUUCCGUCUUUUCAAGGUUCUCAGGGCACAUAUACUGCCACUGACGAAUGUUGCACUUAACAAAUCAGGCUCAUGCUUUAUCACGGGAAGCUACGACCGGACAUGCAAGCUCUGGGACACUGCCUCUGGAGAGGAGCUACACACGCUGGAGGGCCACAAGAAUGUGGUUUACGCCAUCGCUUUCAACAAUCCUUAUGGUGACAAAAUUGCUACUGGAUCCUUUGAUAAGACUUGUAAACUGUGGAGUGUGGAAACAGGGAAAUGUUACCAUACCUUUAGAGGUCAUACGGCAGAAAUUGUGUGUUUGACAUUUAACCCACAAAGCACAUUGGUGGCCACGGGAAGUAUGGACACAACAGUCAAAUUGUGGGAUGUUCAGAAUGGAGAGGAGGUGUUCACUUUAACAGGACACUCUGCUGAAAUCAUCUCCUUAUCCUUUAACACUUCAGGAAGCAGAAUCGUCACGGGGUCUCUUGACCACACGGUGGCAGUGUGGGAUACCGACACCGGAAAAAAAGUGUAUACCUUAAUUGGUCACUGUGCUGAGAUUAGCAGUGCCUUAUUCAAUUGGGAUAGCUCUCUGAUAUUAACUGGCUCUAUGGACAAAACCUGCAUGCUGUGGGAUGCUACAAGUGGAAAGUGUGUAGCAACCUUAAUGGGACAUGAUGAAAAAAUCCUGGACAGCUGCUUUGAUUCUACAGGAAAGCUUUUUGCAACAUCUUCGGUUGAUGGAACAGCAAGAGUUUACCAUACGGCCACAAGAAAACUCAUUACCAAACUGGAAGGCCAUGAAGGUGAAAUUUCAAAGAUUUCAUUCAAUCCGCAGGGAAACCGUCUUCUAACUGGAAGCUCUGACAAAACAGCUAGAAUCUGGGAUGCUCAGACUGGCCAGUGCCUCCAGGUUCUUAAGGGACACACUGAUGAGAUUUUUUCUUGUGCUUUCAACUAUCAAGGGAACAUAGUCAUUACAGGCAGCAGGGAUAAUACCUGUAGAAUAUGGCGUUGACUGGAAGAAACCUUCAGCAAGCAAACCACGGUGAUUGAGAACUUGAGUUUCACAGAGAGAAAGCGAGAUAUUUUGAUGUUUGAUAUGCUUUUUCUUUUUUACUGCAAAACAAG